AUGUUCACAAUAACACAAGUUAGAGAAUUCACACUAGACUAUUUCUCACCACAGUCAGCAUUUUACAGUUUCACUGGUUUGCUUCCCUUGAUAGCCAAGGUGAUUGUUUUGAAUCCAAGUUUUGUAGAUUUGGAGUUCUUUAGUAUUCCGAGAAUGGUUAAAUCUAACGCAUUGCACUUGCAUAUACACGCUAGAACUGGUAAACAGUACUACGAAUCUGUAAAGCACAACUACGCCAGAACAGUUUGGAAUACGGAAAUGUUUGAUGAUUGUGUCAUUUUAGGCGGCGUCAAAAUCAGAACGUGA